CGUGAAACGGGAAUGUCGCGACGAGAAACGUCGUAAUGGCGGAGCUGGUGGUAGCUGUCAAAGUAUGUUGCAUCGACAUAGGUUGUGUUUUAUCAUCGUAGCCUGAAGAAACGUGCGAUUGAACUAACGAUCGCGUGCGUGCCUCGAGGACACUGAUCAUUCUUCGUGAAAUCCGUAAAGCCCGUGUCGCGACGCGAUGAUGAACAACCGCAGACGAAGCAACAACUUCACGUACGUCAGCUCGUGCGUGAAAUACAUGAUAUUUAUACUAAAUUUCGUCUUUUGGCUAUUUGGAGGAUUGUUGAUUGGUGUAGGUCUCUAUGCAUUUGUGGAUAAGUGGCAAGCGACUGGAUCUGUUAGGGUAGAGAAUGUCUACGAUGUGGUCUUGAACAUCUCGCUGGUGAUGUUGAUAGCUGGUGGAGUAGUCUUUGUCGUUAGUUUCGCAGGAUGUGUAGGAGCCCUUCGUGAGAACACAUGUCUUCUUAAAUUCUAUUCACUAUGUCUCUUGGUAUUUUUCCUUUUGGAAAUGGGUGUGGCAAUAGUCGGUUUUGUAUUUCCACAUACAUUGCAAUCGCUCUUGGAAGAGUCUUUCACGGACAAAAUAAUUCAGACAUACAGGGAAGAUCCAGAUCUACAAAAUUUCAUUGACUUUGGACAACAAGAAUUUAAAUGCUGCGGCUUGAGUCAAGAGGGAUAUUUGGAUUGGGGAAAGAAUGAAUACUUCAAUUGCACUAGCCCUAGCGUGGAGCGUUGUGGCGUACCAUUUUCCUGUUGUAUAAACGCUACUGAUAUAUCUAGCGGACUUGUGAACAUAAUGUGUGGCUACAAGGUUCAAAUGUUACCAGUGUCAGAAGCGAGUAAAAAAGUUUGGACCAGUGGAUGCAUCGAGAUUGUGCGUAGCUGGGCGGAACGUAAUCUCUACACGAUCGCCGGCAUCGCUCUGGGCAUUGCGCUCAGCCAGCUAUUCGUGAUCUAUCUCGCGAAGACGCUGGAGGGCCAGAUCGAGUUGCAAAAGUCCCGCUGGCAUUCCUGAGCUUGACUUCAGGCCACCUACCGUUACCAAAUGCAUUCUUCGGCCAACAGGCAGGUGGCCAACAAUGGCCGAUCGCGUGCGUCACAGGAUACAGAGACAAACAUAAACGCGCGAAUGGCAUUGCUCGUCCUUUUUGCGAUCUCUUUAUACAUACUGUGCAUCUUGUCCCUCAUCAAACUCGUUCUCUAUUUCAAAAAUUACUUUCACUUAUACGUGAGUAAAGAAUAAUCUACCGCCGACGUUCCAAGAGUCUUCUUCGUCCGCUAGCUAGCUGGCUGAGGAUAACGUCUACAAUCGGAUAAAGAUCUUACUUAUUAUUAUAGAAAUUACGUGCAGAUGGGUGCGUAAAAACGUUGUCCAACGCAUUUACAAUCAUGAUCCUUUUGUGAUAUCUGAAAAGCGUACGCAUGCUCUUGCGUACGCUGUUAAUUACAUAAUUUGACUGUGGUGCGUGCGCAAAACAUUACAUGUUAUGUCCUUGCAAACGCGAUUACACAGGACACGGUUAAUGUGACCCAAUUGUGACGCAGAACUGGUAAAUCAAGUGCGCUAAAGACAAAAGUGAGAGGCAUUUUCCGUGAAACUAUAUGGGAAUUUUGUUGAAAGUAUCGCGUUGCAUUAUGCGAUAUUAUAGAAAAAAACAACUUUGAAUUAGAAUUACACGCCAUAACUGUAUUUUUCGAGAAUUCUUUUACAUUUUCGCUUACUGAAAUAUCCAGAUCUGAUAAUAUAUUUCUCACAGAAAUUACUUUGGAUAUAAUUCUUAUAAAUAUUAACUUACGGUAUAUAUAUAAAUCUCAUCGUUUUGAGCAUACUAAUAUAGAGAGUUAUUUCAAUGAUUAACAUUACUGUAUUAUCCUGGAAAAGUGAUAUACGAAUUUGUUUUAUAGGAAUUGAGACCAUGUUGAUACCGUGUAUGCACAUUUUUAUAUGUUGCUUCCAUUAAGAUACGUGUAGAAUACAAAGAGGGGAUGGAUUUGAAAUUAGGGGUAAAUAUCUUGUAAAAAGAUGGAUCUUGACGAAUUUAUAUAUACUUUAUUAACUAUAGAGUGUAUUAAAUCGAGUCGUCAAAUUUUUGUCGAUUUCUUUCUGCUUUUUAAUUUUGUUUUCGAGCGUUAAAUUAUGCAAAAAAUUGUGCAAAAAAUGUGUGACUAUAGAUUUGACUGCAGAUGAAUAUACGAACAAUUUUUGCUCAUAUGUGCUCAUUUUGUUAUGAUUGAUAACCAUAAAUGCAUAAUCUCAUAAAUGGACUCACGCACAUAUACCGAACAAAACUCUUUCAUGAUAUUAUUAAUUAUUAUUUAUUAUUAAUAAUUAUUAAAUGGUACUUCAUUUUCUUAUUUUACUAGUAUGUCUAUAUUAUAUAUACGUGUGUGUGUAUGUGUUAUGUCUAUGUUAUAAGAUCAUGAAUGAGCGCACAUUCGUUUGUAUAUUUAUAUUUCUCAUCAUAUUAGCGUAACUCAUAUAUAUAUAUAUAUAUAUAUAUAUAUAUAUAUAUAUAUAUGAGACAAGAAACGUCCAGUGCCAAAGUCAGAAUAUUGUCGUUCUUUUAUUUGAAACAAAUCUGACAAUAAUCUGGUAUGAAUAAUUUGUUUAAUGCAUUUAAGUGUCCCUUUAUCAACGAUAAAUGUAAAACACAUGAAACCUAGUUUGUAAUAAACAAGUAUUAUUC